UGCCUAGAUUGUAAGACUCCCUCGCAUCGAUUUCUCUGCUACAUAAAACUAUGGAACUAAGCAAGAUGAUGUACUUCUGGUCCACAGUCUCUGGAAGUGGAGGCAGGUGGAUCAGAAACUCAAGCUCAUCCCUAGCUACAUAGUCAGUUUGUGGCCAGUGUGGGCUUUGUGAUACCCUUUGUGAACUGCAGCAAGUGUAAAUAACACAAAAGAAAAUGGCCCCAUUUAAUUCUUAACACAUUCAACUCCUAUGACUGCACUUUUUACUGUUUUGUUUCUGUGAGUGUAGAGCAUUUGAGCAUCAUCAAAAUUUAAUUUGUAAUUUGUAUUUGACCUCAAAAUGUAAUCUCAGAACCUAACCCCAUUUUCUAUUAGGAAAACAUAGUUCAACUGAGACUUUUAAUAUAAUUUUUAAACAGUUAUUGAAGAGUACGGCCUAUGGGAAACCUAAAAUGACCUUUGUCUUUUCAGGUUUUAUCAAUCGAGGUGAUAAAUGGACUCUUCAGGCAAGCAUCCCACCACACAUUCCCUGUACUCAGUUUUUCUGUGACUAUCCAGAUGCUACGAGGCAGAGUGCUCGAUUUCCAGUGGGGUCUGGAAGGAUGAUAUGCUCCCCAGCAGCCCUCAGCACACACAGGUUCUCACAACAACAAAGAUGUGAGCAGUUACUCCAGACAGAGUGGGGCUCACUUCCUAAGGGAAGUCUGCUCAUCCAUGAGAGCUGGGUUUUGGAUCUGGGCUUGCAAGAGAAGCAGGAAGUCAUCAUAUCGGUUGUGCUUCCUAUUUCCCAGGAUGGUCUCCUGACCCUGCACAGCUUUGUCCGUGGAGAUAAGGAGCUGGAAGAUGACAGUCCUGUUCUGAGGGAACUAGGCUCCAAGUUAAAGGACUGUUGUAAACAUACUGCACUAACAUUAAAGCAGAGGCUGGUAAAUCUUGGUGGUUACACCGGGAAAAUAGGCAUCGUGAUAAAGAUAACAUACUUGGGUCAUAAGGAAGCGUCCUUAUAUUAUUCAAGCUCGCAAAUACAUUACCCCAUAAGGUAUUAUCCAACAAAUGAGACAGCAGUGGACUUAGAGAAAGCUGUUGCUAACAUUUAUUGAAGUCGUGUCCCCCUAGAGGUUACCUCUGAAAUUUUAAAGAUGCACAGUUAGAUACUUUACUUUUCGAGAAAUGUCCUAACUCAUGCUGGAGACUGACCUGACAUGGAAAAUGGACUAUGGCAAAAUGAUAUUUCACAUUAUAUAAGAUGGUGUUCUCUGAUUCUAUAAACUACGGAAAAUGUGUGUUUGAAUAGGAAUAGAAACCAAAUUCUGGGAAAGGAAUUGGCCAUUCAAAAGGCAAUGAGAAAGCAUAGCUUUGAAAACAUGUCCCGAAGUAGGCCUGUGACCUAUGCCUUUAAUUCAGGGCCUGGAGGGAGGCAGGUCACCUGGUCUACGUAAAGAGUUCCAGGGCAGGCGCCUAUGCAGAGAGACCCUGUCUCAAAAUUAAUUGAUUGAUUGACCAAUUGAUUAAUAACUGUCUCUAUCUGCAUAGCCAUUCCUUCCUGAUGAAUUGCAAUGUGCCUUUCAUGCUUGGAAGACACUCUUCCUAAUAAGUUAUUAUAGAAAAUGAUGAAAAAGUCUAUGUAAUAAGACGUUUUUGUCAUUGUGUUGCUGUUCAGUGUCAUGUGUUAUUGCUGUUCAAUAUGUGAUUAGUGUGUGAAAACCUGACAAGGAUUUUUCCACAUGUCCAAAUUGUACAGACAAGGCUCAAAGUAUGUAGAAUUAAAUCAAAGACACACAGAAAAUGAAUACAACUGUUUUCUCUGAGGAGAGUUCCUUCUCUCUUAAAGGAAACACUGCGUCUCCUGGGUGUAAGACUACAAAAAGACAGUCAGGAGAUCUCAGGAAUUAGGCAAUGCAAGCAGUCUCUAUGGGCUAUGGCAUGGCCUGGAUUUUCUCUGUGUGAGAUUGUUCCUUACGAAGUAAUGAUAGUAUGAGCUUAAGAUGUCAAUAUUAUUCGUUUACCAUUUGAUUUGCUGUAUUUUUUUUUACGUUCGUAUCAAGUUUGUUGUGCUGUACAUUAAUACCUUUAAUGUAAAGGUAUUGACAGCACUGAGUUUAUGCAUGAGUAUUAUGCAUUUAUUUGGAAUGUUGGUAUUUCCUUCAUAAAGGAAGCAGUGUCCUUGCUGUACAUCUGCAUUUGUGAAGGAUAAAAUUUGUAAGCACUUGGCCCUAAGGGUGGUUUAUAUGUAGUGGCAACCUGUUGUGACUUUUGAUGGUUCUCCUCAAGAGAUGGUGGCCCUUCCUGAGAAUCCCGAUGGCUGGGCUGUGAGCUGGGUGCUCACAGACCCCAAUCCUCCUUAGCCACAUUUCCUGUUCUGAUCAAUUUCUUUAUCAAUACAACUUAUUUUAAAAUCUUCAUCAGGGCAUGGAGAGAUGGCUCUAGAGGUUAAGAGCACUAGCUCUUCUUCCAGAGGUCCUGAGUUCAAUGCCUAGCAACCACAUGGUGAAUCAAAACCAUCCAUCUAUUGGAUCUAAUGCCGCCUUCUGGUGUAUAGGCAUACUGUAUACAUAAUACAUAAAUCUUUAAAAAAUCUAUUUUUUUCCACUUUGUUCUCAGAUCUGUGACUUUAUGAAUACAGUUCAUCUGCUUGUAUCUUUCUUUGAUGAAACUUUAUUGUGUUUGGAUACUUAUGCUUACCAAAAAUUUUAUGUCAAGAAAAUGUUAUGC